AUGGCCGCAACUUACUAUUUCGAUCAACCCAUCAUCGGCGACUCCGCCACCGGAGGAAACGACUCCAGCUAUGUGCCGGACUCAGUCAAACCAUUCGUAAACAAAGAGGAAAUCGGACGCGACGACUCACAGAUCGAACGAUGGACCAUCGUCUGUGGCUCAUUAACCGGCGGCGGAGCUACACGUGACGAUCGAACCUCGGAUCCGGUCACUAACGGGAGACGACCAUCGGCGAAAAGGAAAACAAGCAGGCUGGCGGAUUUCGGUCGAGGGCGGCCAAGCCAUGUGUUACAACCCCACGCCUAG